AGAACAUAUUGAAGCUGCAGAAUCUCCGCCAUUGACACCGAGAGAAGCGCUGUAAUUGCUACUCCGAAAUAUGGCGGCCUCAAGUAGAGGUAGCAGUGCUGCCGCUGCGUUAUUACGAAGAGGACAAUCCAGUAUAUGCGCCAGUUGCAGGAGCACCCAGUUCCGGUCAUAUUCAUCCAGCGCCGAAACUGCUGCGACGGCUGAAGCCGAUCAACCCAAAUAUCCCCCAUCGCCGCAAUACCCCCCAGCAGAAUACCGCAUAAAAUCCGGCAUCAUCUUAACCCGAGCGCCUCUACUCACGCGCACACUUACUCCGUUCGAGAACGCAUUCUUCUUCUACCAGAAACGGUUAAACGAGCGAUUAGUCUUACCCUUCCGACACACUCUGUUCUUCAAGAAGGACACGGCCACAGACUUAGACUGGCGGAUCAAGUUCAACGAGCGAGGCCGGAUACCGGCGAAAGAGUUAGGCAGAUACUACCCCCAAGGACGUAAUGCGUGGAACGACGAGCUUUUAGUCGGAAGCACACUAAGCAGCGAAGAGCGAUUACGAGACAUCCUGCUCAAGGAUGCCGAAAACCGGGUGACCGAAGAUGGCGAGGAGGCGAAAGGGGACGAGAUCAUCCCCGUCGAACGGCCGAUGGACAGAAUUACUGAGGCCGACAAGACGAAUGACGUGAGGCGGUUAGAUCGCAAGCUGGACAGAACGCUUUACCUGGUUGUCAAGGCCAGCGAUGGAAUAUGGCAAUUCCCAUCUGUAGAUGUACCAACAGACGGAAACUUACACGAGUCUGCCGCAAGGGCUUUGGAAUCCGCAGCAGGUGUUAACAUGAACACCUGGAUGGUGGGCCGAGUACCGGUUGCUCGUAUGAUUAGGAAGCCCGAGUACAACGAAGAUAAUUCCUUCAAACAGAGGGGUGAGAAGGUAUUCUUCUUAAAGGGAAGAAUUAUGGCCGGCCAGGCAGAUUUGAAGGGAAACAAGCUGGGAUUACUUGACUUCAAUUGGCUUACGAGGGAAGAGCUGAAGGAGAUAUUACCAGAAAAAUACUUCUACUCGGUAAGGAACAUGAUGGCGGAUCGAUAGAUAUAGGUGUAAAUUACGGCAUAGAGCCCCCUGUAUCUACAAUACCAUCAAUUGUAAGAAUAAUGUACCAUGUUGUGUUAUGUUAUGCCAUAUAUCUAAACAUUGACAUCUUGACGUGUAGCAUCCUCCUAACUCUUAAACCAUCAUGAUAGACAACAACCAUCCGGCUUGUAAUUUCCUCCCCUAUGAACUUCUAGCUACUCAAUAAAAUGCUAGUGGCAGAUGCUGGAAAAUUUCCAAG